GGGGGCUGCUGCUGCGUGCCGGGGCGCUUAUAGGCUGUGCCGAACCGCGUAGGUAUGUCGGCGGGGAGAGGGGGAUGUGACGCCGCGGGAAGAUGAAAUCCAGCGCCGCGGAGGCCGCCGACAAAGGAGCGCGUCCCCAUGGAAUGCAAGCAAAACCAGAAAAGAUAAGAUCUUCUCUGAAGAAUGUGAAAAAAGAUACAGGAAAACCAGAGAAACUUAAGUAUAAGCCACUCACUGGGAAGGUGUUUUACCUCGAUAUUCCAUCAAAUGUGAUCUCUGAAAAAAUAGGGAAGGACCUCAAAGAACUAGGAGGGAGAGUGGAGAGUUUUCUUAGUAAAGAUAUCAGCUAUCUGGUGUCUAACAAAAAGGAGGCAAAAUUUGCACCAACUCUUGGUCAGAUUUCUCCUGUCCCUAGCCCAGAAUCUGCACGUAAUGGAGGAAAUAGUUCACCUCAUCCUAGCAACAGAAAAGAUCGACAUGAUGGAAGUUCAUUUAAGGUAGGUAUGAGCAGAGGAAAAUCCUUAGUUGAAAAAGCAAUCAAAGAGCAGGACUUAAUCCCCUCUGGUAGUAUACUAUCCAAUGCUUUGAGUUGGGGAGUGAAGGUACUUCAUAUUGAUGAUGUUAAGAAUUACAUAGAACAAAAGAAGAAGGAGCUCUACCUCAUCAAAAAAGCAAACUCUUUUAAAGAUGUGGGAAAAGAAGUUACUGCUCAGAAGUCAAGAACAGGUAGACUGAAAUAUCCAUUUGUCAAGGUGGAAGAUCGAAGUCGCAACUACCGACCAUUUUAUCUGCAGUUACCCAGUUUUCCGGUUCUGAACUACUGUGUUCCAAAACCAUGUAGUCCAUUUGAGGUGGAUAAGAAGCAUCCUUCUGGUCAAAAGCAAAUUCAGUCUAAGCAAAGUAGAAACAAAAUAAAUAGUGACAAGGACUGUGAAACUCCUGUUCAGCUCCCUCAGAAGGACAAAAAAAAGAGAGGAUACUGUGAAUGUUGUGGGAAGAAAUAUGAAGAUCUGCAAACACAUCUUGAAAGUGAACAGCACCAAAAUUUUGCACAAAGUACACAGUAUCAAGUUGUGGAUGAUAUAAUCUCAAAGUUUGUUUAUGACUUUGUUGAAUACAAAGAUGAUGCAAAAAAAAUAAAAAGGACAAAAUGUAGUACAGGAUAUUUUUCUCCUAUUAUUGGAAAGAUAACUAGACCAGAUGAGCUGAAAGAACGACUGAAAAAGCAACGCAUUUCAUUGAAAAGUUACUCAUGGAAGGAUACAGCAAUGCGGUCACUCAAACUGGAUCGCCAGCCUGCAGAAAUACAACCAAAUUGUUUGCCAAUACCUACCCCUAUUUCUGGAUCUGUCUGUUCAGUUCUUUAUCGUCACCUGUCACAACCUUUGGAACCGAAAAGUAUGUUCAGAAAUAAUGAUGCAAAUGCUAAAACUGAUUGCUCCUGUGCUGCAAACAUAAGAGAAACUGUUGUAUCAUCAAAUUUCAUACAACCACCUCAUCAGAAAGAUGACAAAGCAUACACAGAAAACUUGUCGCAAGUUUAUGAGCCAUUCAGUAAAGAAAUACGGGAACCAGAAGUAGAUAAAAAGAAUUUACAGUGUUUUCGGGAAGGCACGCGUACUUUUUUUUCUCAUACUCAAGAUACAGAUUUUAGUGAAAAAGACACAAACCUUUCACAGGCAAAACGAAAAUUAAAUAAUGCAGUAGUUCUACCAGCAAAGUGUUUGAAAAAAACAGAUGCCAAUCCCACAUUUGUCAAGAAACAUUGUGAUUUAUAUGAUAGUCAUCAACUGAUGCAGCACAGCGUCGUUCUGGAGGCUGAGGUAUCUGAUACUGCUAUAAACAAAGAACUUAAUGAAUUGGCUGCCAGCACUGUGCACAAUUCACCGUCUGGAAAGCUGCACAGAAAAGUGAAGCUUUAUUUGGGAAGAAAUAAGAGAGAAACCUGGAAACAGAAUAGAGAGUUAUGCAUAAAGUAUACAGAUAGGCCGACUGUUCCUGAAGAGAAGAGAAGUUCUUGUAGCUCACCAGUACAGGCCCUACUGGAAUUAUUUCAGACAAGUGAAAGAAACUCAGAAUUUGGAGGUUUUUCAAGUUACCCUGAGAACAAAGGUUCAACUAGCAUAAAAGAUAUAUGGGAAGGGCAGAAUACAAAUGUUGUGUGGUCAUUAUUUUCCUCUUCAUCCUCAUCCCCAUUUGUUGGAUUUUAAUGCUGCUUUAUUUAAUAUGAUUUUUCAAGUAAACUUACAGAUUUAAGAUUUUAUUCAUGGAGACUUUAAUUACUGUAUUAUAUGUACAGAUGGUUUGGUUUUCAAGUUUUUAAUGCAAGAACUUCUGUAUAUGUAAAUAUGGAAAAUAAAACUUGAGUUCUUUUUUG